AUAACCUGAUUAAACAACAACUAUGGAGCUACUUCUGGAUCUGCUGUGUUUGUGUCUUCUGUGUUUGACCGGGAAAAGACUUUGUGAUGAAAACGAACCAAAAUAUAUCAUAGUGAAAGAAGGGACAGAUGUUAUGUUACCAUGUUCUCUCAGCACCAAGGAGAACGUUGAGUCAAAAGUGUUUGACUGGAGGAAAGUUGCUCAGAAAGAUGAUGGUCUGAAGGAGGUGUUCAUGUAUGAAAAAGGCUUUCAUUACAAUAACGGUCGUCCAGGUCAGAGUGAAGAGUUCAAAGGUCGAGUCUCACAUUUUGAAGAUGAACUGAAACACGGCAACGCCUCCAUAAUCAUCAGAAAUAAGAAGGAGGCUGACAGUGGAGUCUACACCUGUCAUUUCCCACGUCUUCAUCAAAUGUUCCUCCUUAAGCUUGUUGUUGUUGCUCCAGAGCCAGACAUCAACAUUAUUGAUGCCACAGAUGAUGGAGUGUUGCUGCAGUGUGAGGUUCGAGGUGCUGUUCCCAAACCUAGAGUAGAGUGGCAGGACAGAGAUGGAAACAAACUUCCUGCUGAAGACCCGCAGGUCUCUGAAAGAGGAGACAGAUACCACAUCACCCUCCAGACUACUGUGACCAAGACCGGCUGCUGUCGCUGUGUCGUCACACAGGAGGAAACCAACCGGAGGACUCAUGCUGAGAUUUAUGUGGCUAUUAUUGGUAAGAUUCCUCCUUGA